AUGGAAGGACAACCACUGGUGGAGCUGUUCUCAGUCACCCUCAACGGUACCGACAGUGAGAUCUACCUAUACGGCACCAUCACCGUCACCGAUGGGCUGCUUUGCCAGUACAUUUACGAUCGGAACAGGAACAAUCCUGAACCCAUUUACGCUGGUGACACUAUUUUGUUGAACGGUCCGCCUCGAUCCAUCUCAGCCGUAGACAGCUUCACUAUCGAUGUGGAUCUCGCAGACGAAAACAAAGUUUCUUCCAACGGCGAAAUUAGCUAUGGGCAAGGCUCGUGGAAUGUUUACUUGACGGCCACAAAUGAGUACGACAAGCCCUUAUCGAUGGAUAUUGAAGGCAAGAAUGGUUCGGUGACAUUGAGCUAUAUAGUUUUCAGCAACGCUGUGGAAGCCACUGUGCAAGUCACACUAAUACAUGCGGAUGGAAAAAAUACUGCUGAAGUUUUUGGAUUAAUUACAGCUCGUAGUGACAAAGUUUCUAAUGAAAGUAUGCUCUUUUGGAAGACGUCGAAUGAGAACGAUUUACAAGUGAACCUCAAUGGGCCCAUUCCCUUAUUGAGAUCUGCAGUAGCUGUGCCGCUAGACUCCUCUCUCAUAAUAAGGGCUGAACUAUCUAAUCGCGAGAGAGAGACUAAUUCAAAUAAAGAGAUUGCUCAUGAUGAAAUAGUGUUCGCUCCUUAUCUCUCAGCUCGCAGAUCUCUCCAGAAUAACCUCGCCCAGGUUCCACCGCACAGCUACCCCACUGCCUCUCGCUCUCAUCCCUCUGUUCGCCAACAACCCGCCACCCGAACCACCUUCUUCAUCGCCACCGUCACCUCCGGAAACACCCACACUCUCGAUCAUUCAUCCCGGGGGAUUCGGAGCCUAAGCAGUGAAUCGGCUGGAGACGUUGUUGUUCGUUCUAGUGUUCUGUUUGGGUCUUCGGUGGAGUAA